UUUUGUUUAGACAUGGCUGCCAUGUGAAAAUUAAAACUGGAUGAGAAACUGUUGCUGACCCCUUGUACCUUAAUUAUCCCUGCAUCCUUUAAAAAAGUAUAAUGGCUAGUAGCAAUAAAGCAGUUGAAGCUGCAACAGCUUCUUUGGUUCGGGAAUACCUGAGCAGAAAAGUAAGUUGUAAAUGUGCAUUUUGACGUUUAAAUUCAUGAUAGGUUAAUAAAUCAUGACAAUUCAAAGAAGACAUCCUUCAUUAUCAUUAAUCUUGACUCAUGUCAUUAUUAAUAAUUCUAAAUUUUGGUGGUGUUAUUUGAUUUUAGGCCCGUGUUUGGUAGGGAAAGAAGCACAAUGCUUCCUUUCUCAAAUAACCCUAAGCCUUUAAGUCAGGAUGAAUGUAAUGUAGUCUUAGUGAACUUACCCGGUAGUGAUUUUGCUAGAGAAAAAUCAUACUCUUGUACCACCACAGUUUAUACCCAUAUGUAGAUACUGAUCUUCCAUCAAGCACCUCACCUGGUGUCAGAUAGGGGAAAGUCCACAAGAUAUGAUGGUGGGUACUGUGUAAAUAAAAUAACCAAGGCGAACCAAAGUCAGAAGCUACUGCCUAUUGUAGGAAGUGAAGGAAUCCACAAAGGCUAGGGAACCUUACCCAAAAAUUAAGGCAGCUACCCAGAGAGAUAUAAGCGGCAGCCCCCAAUACGGUUGUGCUCAGGGCCAGUCAGGGCAAACAAUCCAGACAUGUAAAAAAAUAAAUGUCAUGAAAGCCAAACAACAUAAUAAAACCGGACUGAAUCUAAUGGAAAUCAACGUAUGCCUGUAUAUUGACGUAAUUUUUGGAUUGCGACUUGGAAUUUACUAAGCCUGGUUAGAAAAGGAGCGUUAGCCAACCUAAUUAAAAAUAACAUCUCUAAUCUCUUUUGCUGUUUACCAUAACAUUUAUGGGUUCAUGCACCCACCAGAGGUCAGAUUAAAGAAUACUUUUAUGAGACACAGGAAAAGAUCUGUGAUGAGUCAUCACAACAUGACUGUAACAGACCAUGUUUGCACACAAAACCAUUGAGUCAGAGAGGUGGCAUAAUUUGAAUAUUGAACUAUGUUAACGUGUAUUUUUCACCGGGAAAGAGAGUAAAUUAUGUUUUUGUAAAGCGGAAGUGAACCACACGCUUUGUUGAGUGAUCAGGGGCAGUACAUCGAAUGUCGCAGUUAAGUGAGGACGUGGUUGUUUUUCUGAGAGGUGAAUUCUCUAUACCAUGGAAUAUUAUAUAUAAUAUACAUAUGUGAAAUAAUUGGAUUGUGGAUGUUAUUAACUGGAUAUUCAUGCAAGGAUUCUUCUUAAUAUUAUUAUUGUAAAAGAUGACGUAAUAAAGUACUGUGAGUUUAAUUGGAAAUUAAUAUACUUCUUUGUGUGACUGGCUAAGUGAGUGAAGGAAUGGAAGAAGUAUUACUCUACACAAGCCGGCAUCCUGAAUCAUCAACAUAAAAGCAGUUAACCAUGCUACUGACACAACACCCUAAUAAAUAGCAUGUCAGAGCCAUGUGUUACAAUGACAUUAAAAUAGUGAUUGGUGACAUUAAUGCCAAAAAGUACAGAAGAAGUGUUUAUGCAAACUAUUUACAAGGAGAGUCUGCAUGAAGAAUGCAAUGACAAUGGGAUUUGACUCAUAAAAUUUGCUUAAGGAAAAGGGAUAAAGUUAGCAGCACCAGGUUUCCAUACAAAAAAUAUACAUAAAGCUACUUGGACCUCACCAGAUGAUAUCACUCACAACCAAAUUGACCAUGUUCUAAUUUUUGGGAGGCAUAGAUCAGACAUACUAGAUGAAAGAAGCUAUUGAGAAUCAGAUGCAGACUCUGAUUAUCUUUUGUAAUGAUUAAAUAUAAGCAGAGAAUAAGCAUAAUUCACAAUGGCAGAAAUCAAAGAGAAAAACAAUAUGAUUACCAAAGACCCACGAACUGCAAAAGCUUACCAAAAUGAAGUAGAAACAUAGCUAGAAUCAUCACAGGAGGAAACAAACAGGGAAAACAACAUAAAUGAACAUUGGGAUAGGAUAAAAAAUGCUAUGCAAAGAUCAUCAGAAAAAGUAAUAGGAUUUCAGCAAAACUUACAGUAGAGUAGGCUGGUUUGAUAAUGGAUGUAUAGAGACUAUCGAACAAACAGAAAAGGCAUGAAUGACCAAGAGACAAAGGGAAACCAGAAAGACAAGAUAAACAUACAAUGAAGCCAGACGGAAAACCACAAAAGUGUGUAGGAUUUAAAAAAUGAGAAUGAGUAAAAGUUAAACUAAAAGAAAUAGAGGACUUAUCAGGAGAGGAAAAUAUUAGAGGAAUGUACAUAAAGAUAAAAGAUGGACAAAAAUGGAUUACAUGCCAGAUCUCAAAUGUGUGAGAGCCAGGAUGGAAAAUCAAUUAAGGAAAAUAUUAAAGUACUGAAGAGAUGGGCUGAAUAUUUUGAGGGCAUGGUUGUUUGGGAGUCGACCAUGACCACUUUAAUCAUCAGAUUUGUGCUAGUUUUAUCUGUGGGUGGGCAGAUGGCUAAUGAGGCUGACUGUGGCAAAAUAUUUUCGUGUGCAAUAGUUGCAGGGGAAUGAUGGGGCAUCUGUGGGAGCACAGUCAGACCGGUCCUUCCUGGCAUGUCUCUUGCGCUCUGCAGCCUCUGUUCUAUUGCAUGGAGCUCCUGUGUAAGUGGAACACCAUGAUGUUUGAUCCUUUGCUUUUUCCUCCCAUGUGUCUGGGUUUAUGUCAAACACUUUAAGUGAGGCUUUCAGGUUUUCUUUAAAACGUUUCUUCUGCCCACCAGCAGACCGCUUUCCUUGUUCGAGCUCACCAUAGAAAAUUCUUUUGGGCAGACGGUCAUCUGACAUUCUCACAACUUGUCCCGCCCAGCGAAGCAGGGACUUCAUUAAAAUGCUGGGGAGACCUGCCUGUGUGAGCACCUCAGAGUCUGGGACUCUCUCCUGCCAUUUAAUUUUGAGGAAUUUUCUGAGUCUUGUUGUAUGACAGUGGGUAUACUAAAUGCAGGCAAUGGACAAGAUGAAGAUAUCAACCACCACACAGAGGACCAGACCUUUUAACAAACUCCCCAACUUUGAAAGAAACUACAAUUCUAUGAAAAACAACAAAGCCUCUGGAGAAGACCUCAUCAUAGCAGAACUUAUUAAAUAGAGAGAAAGAGAACUAUAUACUCAGACACAUAAACUUAUAACUAUAAUUUGGCAAGAAGAGAAAAUUCCAACAAAAUGGGAAACAACACUAUUAACCCCAAUACACAAGAAAGGUUCCAAACUUCAAUUCACAAUUUACAGAGGAAUUUCCCUAUUAAAGGUUACAUAGCAAAAAACCGACAAAACUAAUUGCCAAAAGACUGCAACCAUACACUGAACAAUGUGGAUUCAGACAAAACAGAUCAAUGACUGAUCUGAUUUUCACCAUCAGAUGCCUAUUAGAGAAAUGUUAUGAAUAUAAUAUCCUGGUACAUCAAAUCUAUGAGUACUAUAAAAUGGCCUAUGACAGCAUCAAAUGAAAAUAUAUAAGUGCGACUCUGCAGAAGUUAGGCAUACCAACAAACUGACAAGACUAAUAAAUAAAACAUUAAACAAAUCAAAAAGCAAAAUCAAGGUCCACAGAGAUAAUUCAAGGGAAUUUUAGAUUAGCCUGGGCCUAAGACCAGGAGUUAGGAGACUCACUGUCUUGUAUGCUAUUUAAACUAACAUUCAAAAAAUCAAAGAAACAUACAUAUUGACACCUGAGGAACAAUAGCAGGAUACUUUCUCAGGGAGACCCAAGACCCACAACCAGUAGGCACUCUCUACAAUCAACCCCUUCAGUAUCUUGUGUAUACUGAUGACAUAGCCCUGUUUGGGAAAAGUAGUAAAGACAUAUCAAAAGCCUUUAUUUAAUAUGAAGAUGCAUCAUUUCGAGCAGGGCUGGAAAUUAACAACCAAAAAAACAAAAUACAUGACCAUGUUAAGAGAAGAACAGACAGAUGAAACCAUUAAAAUUAGAAACCACACUUUUGAAAAAGUAAAUCAAUUCAUAUACCUAGGAUCUUUAUUAAAUGAAAGAAAUUAAUUACUUACAGAAAUAAAAAAAAAGAAUAGUGGAAGGAAACAGGGCACACUUCAGUAGGCAGGGUCAUAGUCAAAAGUAAAAGCAUUACAAGAAAAACAAAUAAAACAAUAUAUAAAACUGUAAUCAGACCAGUUGUAACAUACACAAGUGAAACUUGGACCCUAACAAAAAUGGCAGAAAACACAUGGGAGGAAAAAGUUAUCCAGAAAAUAUAAGGACAAAGGAUGAAUAUGGAUGGAGAAUACAAACCAGCCAGGAAUUGUAUAGUCUAUAUCAGGAUACUAUGCUAGUAGCAGAAAUAAAAAAGUGCAGGCUACUCUGGACGGGACACAUGAAAAGAAUGCAAAAUGACAGAGGAGUGAAAAGGGUGCACCAUUAAAACACCAGAGGAAAACUUAUUUAAUUAUUUAUAAGCUGUUAUUAUUAAAAUAGGCCUGCUGUCUAUCUUUCUGUACCUAAACAUUUGACUACCCGGUAAUUUAAAUAUAUGUAAAAAAUUGUAAAAAAGAAUGAUAAAAAUAGUAUUUAUUAUCUUGUGGCUAUGGCCUAACCUAGUCACUUUAUCUUAAUCUAUUUGUAAAUUAAUUUGUUUAUAUCCAGGCUACAUUAAUUUAAAUUUCAAGUUAAAAACCAGCCAACUCCAAAUUCACCCACUAUUGCCUUACCUACUUUUGUUGUAAAUAGGACUUUCUUAUCUAUCUACAUGCCACAUUUCUUAUGGACAAUUUUUUUUUACAAAGUUAUUUUUUUUAAUGUAAUUGGUGAUACUGUGUAGUUAAAAAGAUUAUUACGCUUUUUAUUAUCAUAUAACCAUGGUGUCUAUUUUAUUGGAGUUUAUUGUGUAUAAUUUUCAUCAUUGUUUAAUGUCUCCUGCUUAUGAUUAUACAAGUGUAAAGUUUUAAGCAAGCAGGAAGAAAAACAGUGAGAUUUCCUAUUUUGUCUAGCUUCAAAAGCUUACAGCAUAGUCUCUCAAUUUUUAUGGAUAUACUCAAGUUCUUACAACAUUCCAGGUUGAGGGUAGCCGAAGGGCAUAGAACUUUAGGAAAAAAAGGGGUUGUCCCCCAUAGCAUGUAAAGACUGAAUCCGGCAAAUUGUGCGGAAGAACCACUACUUGGUCAACGGACAAAAGGCGGAGACAGCACAGUGGUGUGAAUCGCUGAGAACAUGACCAGACACGUAGAACGCCAUGGUCAUUCACUGCAUGGGUGACUGGGUGGCCGAAUGGUCUAAACUGAGCAAACCUCAAUUUCAGCCAAAGGCCGGUCAAGCAAAAACAUCACCCCGGGUGGAUGAGACUCGUUAACCUUGGUCGGCAACUCAUCUAAGAGAAGGAAACUCUGAAUUCAAACCCGGAGUUGGAGUCCCGUAAGGCGCAUACAAUGUCCAUUCCUGCAACCGUACCCAUCCCUGGUCGUCUUGACGUAGAGUCUUACCACUGGAUAUGGUGGGCUCAGACGAGAGAGUGAGGUUGACGCUGCGCAACUCUUCCUCACUUUAAACAAAAGUCACCCGCGCAAGUCAUCAGUCACCAGACGACUCGAUGGUCAUCGUCGAUCCUCGACGGACGAACAACAACAACAUACUUCUACAGACAAGUCAUUUUAAUUGAAUUUUUAUUAACUGUAACUUAACAUAAUUUUGGCAUCAGUGAUGUAUGCCUUCAUUAUAUGCCUAAAGCAAAAGGGAAUAAUAACUCCAUUUGGAAACCAACAACAUGUUUAAAAAAUAUAUAAAUAUAAAUUCAACAAAAGGAAAAGUAUUACUUGCUUUACCUUUAUGGGGUAUAACUAUUUAAUGAGAGUGUAUAUUCACAGUGAAAUAAGAUCAUAUUUAAAUAAACAUUUAAACUUAAAAAAUUGAUCUUGAUAAAGGAGAGCUAUGUUUCUGCCAGAUUAUCUGUAUAUUUUCUACUAGAAAUUCUAGCUGAGCACGCAGAGCACAGGAAAGAUGAUGUGCAUUAAGUAAGGCAGACAUAUAGAGCAAACAGCAACAAGUCAAGAAGGAAGACAUUGACCUGCCAUUUAUCAUCCCAUUCAUUAUCAUAUUUCAAUCCAUGUGUUGUAUCACACAUUCAAUCUUUGCAUUUAAAUACCUUAUGUCUGUAUGUUUCUAACAUUGUCACUGUUUUAUCACCAAAAACUUUGUUGCAAAAAAACUGUUCCCCUUUUCACUUACAAAAAAAAGAUUAAAUAACAUAAAGUCCUUCUGCCAAAAAAGUAAUGUAAAUAUUAAAUGCUACAUCCAAAAGUGCAUGGCCGAAGUGAAUGAAAGGAUUUUCAGAAAAUCCUCAUCACCACUUUUAUUUAUUUUUUUUUAAAAAUGGGCAGGCACAUAUGGCAAAAUGAACAUAGCAUAAAAUAGGAGUGGAUUAAAAGAUUGAUAUCAAGACCCCUUACCAGGACUUGUCACAGGGAGCAGGCUCUCACCAAAGCCUUAUGGCACAGGGAAUUCAAAUUUACUCAGUGACACAUGGCUUACUUUUAAAAGAUCUGCUAAUAAAAUUAUAAAUUCAUAAAGAAAAAGAUAUCUUUAAGUUUUAAAAAAUGAAUUUUCAUAUUUGGUAUUUUUAUAGCAUUUUAAUAGUUUUUACAACUAUAGUUUGGCAUUUUUGUUAAGGACCUACAAAAGUAGAAGGAUAUGGGCAUCUCUCAACCUCUCAAAGGCACUGAUCACUCUCACUAUAAAUAUGACUUCUUUUAAGAAAAAGUAUUUUAACAUAAAUUAAUUUUUAAAUAUUUAUAAUUUUAAAUUCUAAUUGAAAUAUCAUUCACAUAACUCAGUCAUUUAAGUUGAAAUCGUUAAAUUUUGAUUUUUUUUUUCCUUUUAUUUUCAAAAAAAAAAUUCUUAAGGGAUUAAAAGAAACUUUAGAAAAAAUGGAUAAAGAGUGUCCCAGGAAUGAGUUUAGCAUCAGCAACAGACAGACAUUAAUGAAGCACAUACACUUGGAAAAACUCAUGAAGAAAAAUAAGGUAAGAUAACAAUAAAAUUAUGUGUGAAAAUUGUUUCCUGGCAAUGGCCAUAUUUUUGUGUUGGCAUCACUCCUAUAUGGCAUGGGUUUCCCCAACAUGGUUUGCAACUCCAAAUGGGGUUGCUAAGGGUUUUUCACAGGGUCACUGGUUGAAACAGUAAACAAAUGGAAAUAUCAUUACUUUAAAACAAUUUUUAAUCUCAAAUCAUUAUAAUACUCUUCUAGAUUCUAAACAUCUCUGUGAGAGUGGAUUUUUGAUGCUACUGAAUUUAAUUUUAAAAGAAUUAGAUUGAAUGCUGAAAAUAAUAUGAAGUUAGUAAGUUAGCAUUAAAGAAAACUUAACCAUGAAUUCUGAAGCUUGUUUGUGUGUUAAAAUUUCAAUCCUUACAUUUAAUUUGGUACGUUAAAAUGAUAUUGAAUUUUUUUAUGCUGAAAAAUCUAUUUUCUUUGUGUUUUAUGUUACCCUAUUAAAAUUCCCCUUUAAAUGUAUCAGGAUCACUGGUCACUUUGCGUCUGUGAAAUGGGGUCGUAGGUCACCUUCAGGGAGAUAAUUCAAGGAAAUUUUAGAUUAGAAUUGAAUAGGGUCAUGAUUCAGAAAUGGGUUUGUAAGGAGUUAACGUAAGCUAUGCCUGCCACAGCAUCACUUAGCUAUUAACACUAGAAACUGAAAGUCACCAUAAAGAAAGAAAAAGCUGAAGAUUUUUAAGGAGAAAUUUUAAAAGGACCUUGAGAAAUUAAACAAUUCUUUAUGUUAAAAAUUAAGAAGAAAUAGGCCUAUAUCUUUUCCUUAGUUAAAAUAUAUCUUCCUGUCUAAAGAAUAAUGAAGUUAUUUUUUAAACCCUAAUGACAGUUCUUAAAUGACAAUCUGAACUUAAGCAAGAAAUGCUGCAAUAUGUAAAAAUAUAAUAUGUGAAAAAGAAUGUUAAAAACCACUAUGUAUAAUUGUAUACAAUUGAAAAUUCAAUGACAUUUUUAAAGAGAAUUUUUAAAAAUUAAAACUAUGUCAAAUCUUAAAUAUUAUCUCUUCACUCAUUUAAUUUUUAUGUGACAAGCUUUUUACAAAAGUCAUUUCAGAAAAAAAAAAGAUAAAUAAUUUCCACCUGUUUAUCUUGUUUAAGGAAGAAAAGGAGCCCCUGCAAACUAUGCUUGAGAUCAUGACCAAAGGUUUUAUGGAUCGGCAACCUCUAACAGGCAGGCAGACGUCAGUAACCUCAGAGGGCAGCUCCUUAAAAAGGCAGAAUUCAGAUAUUAACUUUAGUCCUCAAGCUAAUCAGCCGUUGAAUGGGUCCCCUUUGGCAAACCACACAAAGUCCUCUUCAACAACUAAUAAUGCUAAAAAAGGUUGUUCACUGAUAAAUAUUUAUUCUAAAAAUCAGUUACCCAAAAUCUUUUUCAAAAUUUAGAAAUAAAAAUGCCAUAAAAGAAAAAGAUAUUGAUACAAAUUGGAAAUGUUAUAAACCCAAACAUUUGAAAUUAAUGUUAAUGAUAUAAACUUAAUCAUAAUGUUUUGUUAUAGAAAAGUCCUUAGGUGAUUUAGUUGUGGAUGAUGAUGUUGAAGGAGAGACUUUAAUUGGAAGUGGCAUGUCUGGUUUAAUGUCUGUGGAUCCUUAUGAGUCACCACCUCUGCAGUUCUCAACAAUGGCCACAAAAACUCACCCAUUGUCAGCCAAACAGAGGGGAGCUAUCAUUAGCAACAAUGAUGAUGUGAGUUGAACUGGAUAUGACUAAUAUUUAUUCUUUUACACUUCAAAGUUUUAGUCUUUUAUUUUUAUCCAAUGUUUAAGUAUUUUCAGUUAUUCAUAUCUUUAUACCAAUGUUUAUUCUCUAUAAUACUCUCUAAAACAUUUCAUAUUUAAAAUAAGUUAAUUUCAUUUAGCAAGAAAUUAUUAUUUUUUCUUUAUUAGCUGUUGGCAAAAAGGCAGAGAAACACUGCAUCAAAACUGUCACCCAAGUUAUCAGCAUGUCAACAAGAGCAACUGAAGCGAGGGGUCGCAACUCAGCAAGCUGUCAAUUUGAGUGCUGUUGAGUUAGCAAAUAGCCCUGGCAUGUCAGAUGGGACCAACAGUGGAAGUUCAAAUAUCUCGAGUCCAGAAUUCCCUUUUGACUCUCACAAGUCAAAACAGAGAAAUCUGCCUAAAAAACCAGAUGAUCCCCCAGUCUCAUUUGAAGCCUUGCUGAUGAAAGGAGAAGAGAGAGCCAACUUGCUACAGAGAAUUGGGCUAGACAAUAGAACUAAAGACAAUGUAGCAGUAGAACAGGCCUACAAAGUUGAAAACUCCAGCAUUUUUGAGGAAAAAAAAAUAAAGCCAGCACAAAAAAAUAAUAGGACUUUGUAAGUGAUAAGCAUAAAAAAAUUGUUACAGAACAAGUUGAAUUGUAGCUGUCAGAAAAUAAAUAUAAAAAUUCAAGGAAACUUAUUAAGAAACUUUGCAUAUUGAAAAUAUUUUACAAUUUAUUUGGGUUUAAUGAUGUUUAAUGGCCAUAAUAUUAGGGUCCAACUUGUCUUUUUAAACUUAUUCUUUUACCUUAAGAAACCCAAGUUUACCGAAUUCAUCAAAGGCAAUGGACAUUGAGUUGGGUGACAUUGACGAUUGUGAAGUUGAAGUUGGGAAUAUCAAUCCAAAACCAUCCUUAAUAUAUAAACCUCUGAAGGUUUUGAAAAUACCCAGCUCACCACUUGACUUAAGAACUGCAAUAGUAAGUUUGUGAUUGGCAAUGAAAGUUUUAGGCAAUUUAGAAUAUAUUAAAAAUAUUUGAUCUGCUUUAUUAAUUUAAUACAUGCUUUGUGUCAGCAAUGAGUCUUAUAUUUUGGUGCAAAAUUGACUUUCUGACACCUGUUUACCAUUAUUUUAUAAUUGAUUGCAUGGUUGGGAUGCAGUAUGAUUAAAGUUACUGGUGCAGCUUUUUGAAGAUUUCACAAUUGUAAUGUUUACAGAACAGUUUUGAGGUUAAAUGAAAGUUUGUUCAGGGGUAUUACCUUGUAUUCCACUAUUUAAGCUUGCAGAUGUCUCAUACUUUAGUUAUGGGUUUCUCAAAAACAUGUAAUUUUAGAUAAUCUAAGGAUACUAAAGUACCCCUUGUUCAUUAUUUUGUUUUGUUUAUUUGCAGGCCUUGAAAAAUAUAGUUCUUGGCUCUCCUAGUCAAAAAUACAGUGAUGAAUGGCUUUGUCAGAGUUUUACUUUUAAUGACCUGCCAGAUAUCAAGUAUGGCUUAGUGCAAAAAAAAGUGGGUUUGUUAAACAGCACACUAUGAGAUAAAAAAAAUUAUUGAUUUUUUUUAAAAGUCCAGGAUCUAAAUCAUUGAACUUACAUAUAAUGAUAUUUAUUUAAGUCAUUAAAAAAAUUCAUUUCAUUAAAAAAAUAUUUUUGGCAUGACAUGAUUAUUUUUUUUUUACAUCUUACCACAGGGUGGCCCAUGUGGUGUCUUAGCUGCAGUUCAAGCAUGUCUACUUCAAGAAAUGUUGUUUGGGGAAAACAAGUUAUCAAACACUAAAUUGUAAGUGUAGAAGUAUGUAUAAUUUUCAAUGCAAAAUAUAAAUAACAAUUUUAACAAGGAGAGUCUGCAUGAAGAAUGCAAUGACAAUGGGAUUUGACUCAUAGAAUUUGCGUAAGGAAAAGGGAUAAAGUUAGCAGCACCAAAUUUCCAUACAAAAAUAUAAAUAAAGUUACUUGGACCUCACCAGAUGAUAUCACUCACAUGAUAUGUCUCUCAUUUGGGUGGUUAACUGGUAUAUGUAUUAUAUAUAUGGCAUCCUUCCGUCUUCGCGAGACGAUGGAGUAGCUAUGUUGUCCUACACAUCGACGAGUAGCUCACUAGGCCAAUCCUAGAAUCCUAGAAUGACAAUCUCGACUGCAUUUCUCGUUAUGGCUAUAUAUCAGAUGGUUUGUAGUUCGAAAUAUUCCGUAUCAACAAAGUGUGAUAAUUUACGUCACACCAUAAUUUUGAUUCAUCUGAUCUUGCCUUGAUAACAGCCUGUUGCACACUAUUUACCAUUCCAUGCAGUGACACCAAUAAUUAUAUUGCACAUAAUUUGGAAGUUGAAGCUAAAGAUAAUUUAAAAGAUGAUGGUGAUCUGAGGUGCUGUGGGUAAUGCUUUUGUUUUGUUUUCAGUAAAAAUCCAUCAAGAAUAGAAAGAUCUACUGCACUAGCAUUGGGACUUAGCAAUAUAUUUUGGAGGGCUGGAAAUUUGACUGCAGCAGUUGUCACUGUGUGAGUAUAUGAUAUUGCUUUAGAAAUUCAAUUUUUUGCAAAGAUAUUUAAAAUUUAAUCAAUGGAAGAAGAUUAAAUAAUUUUUAAAAAGUUGCAUUAGCAACAAAGCAAUACAAACCAUUAGUUUAUUAAUUUAUUUGCAAGGAAAAGCUAAUACCAAAUUAAAGAAUGGGAUUAGUUUUACUAAAAAUCUUAAAUUUUAAAAGAAGAUAUGAUAGAGUUUUGCAAGUAUUUUAACGUCAAUUGUGUUAUUUUAUCUCUGACUUAAGAGUCAUAACCCAUAAGGACAUGUUAACUUUCUGUUUCUCUCACAGGCCUUCUUCAACCACUCAUAUACUCAGUAGCACAAAAUUCAAACAAGAUGGUGUAACAGAAAAAGUGAGCUUAAGUUUUACUGAAAACCUUAGUUACUGUCAUAUCAACUAUUAUUUAGUGUGUGCAUUGACAGAUUUAGGGAAAGGACACCUAAGCAUGCACCUCUCCACCCCUGGUAUUUUUAUGUUUAUAUAAUAGAAACAUUCAUUUAAAAAAAAUUAAUUUAGAUACUUUUAUAAACGUCUUUUGCAUGUAAUUAAUCAAUUUGAUACCUAUACCAUGAACGUUACAUUUGUAAUAUGAAGACAUGUCAUUUUUGUUUUUGCUCUGUAUCAUUGGUGUGUGUGAGAAUUUUCUUGUGCCCCCCCCCCCCUGUUUAAUUGGAAAUGUAUUAUUGUCAUCUUUUUAAACCAAUUAUUUCAGUUAUCUGUGUAUACCUUCACAAAUUUUGAGGAACUCUGCAGUUUUAUGAUACAAUCAGUUUCAGAGGUAGGAAUGUAUAUUUUUUAGCUGUACUGAAAAUAGACUUUGAUCAACAUUGAUUAACCAUUACUAUUCUUCAAUGAAAAAAUUGUAAAACUGUCAAAGUUUCAUUGUGAUAGCUUCUUUUAAAGAAAAAAAUUUGUAUUUGAUUGAUUGCAGCUCAGGAUUGGGUAUUUUAAAAUGCCAUAACAAGAAAACUAAUUGUGAAAAAAAAUAAAAUUAAGCAUAGGGUCAAUAUUUUUAUCCUAAGGAAUCAUGUGAAUGAAAUUAAAUAACCCCAAUUUUGUAUACAGUUUGAAACAGAGGGAUGUCCAGGUGUGAUCCUAGCGAUGUACUCUGCCAUUCUCUCCAGAAAAACUCACCAGUAAGGAUUUUAUCUGAAUUAAAAUGUUAAUUUGUUUUUUAAGAAUUUUAUAUAUCUGCAGAAUAUCUUAAUAUCAACAACAAAAAAUCAAUAAUAAUUUGCCAUGAUUUAAUAACCUGCUGAUAAUUACUUAGCAUUAAAGUAAGAAAAAGUCUUUCUGAGAGCCAAAAACAGACUAAUUACAUUGAUUACCGGGCACAUGCUGUCUGUUCUCUGUCACAACUUUUUCUUGAUUUCCUGCCCUUCCUAUCUUACUGAACUUCUUUCUGUCUAUUCAACCCUUCAACAGCUGCGUUCCUCUGCAGACACGUGUAUUCUUUCUGUUCCCAAGACAUGCACUAAAACAUUCGGUGAUCUUUCUCUUUUUGUGCCCCAAAACAAUGGAAUUCUUUCACAUUAAAUAUCUGCAAUAUCCAAGCCUUCAAAACCGCACUCAAGACACAUCUCUUCAAACUCUACUAUUCCAACUCAUUCUCACCCUCUCUGACCGAUAAACAAUGCUGCUGGGUGCCAUCCAUGGCUAGACAGGGGUAAAUAGUACUUGGUCAAUAUUUUUACAAAGCUGUUUUUAAAUGAAUAAUUUUAAUAUGUAACUGGUUUUUAAUGUCAUAUUUCUUUUUUACUUUUUGCUAAUUUUUAUGUGAAGAGCGGUGAGCCUAGCCCUAGGCUGGGGUACCGCGCUAUAUAAGACCACUUUAAUAAUAAUAAUGUUUUCAUUUAUUUUUGUUUAUUUUUCUCCAAAGAGUUAGAGCAGAUUUUGAUGAACCAGAACAAAGUACAAUUAUAGGAUCUCAUGGGUAUUGUACACAGGUAAAUUCAAUCAACAUUUUAUGUUUUUAUAACUAACUUUCAACAAUACCUUCCUGAUACAUAAAAAAAAGUACAGUAAUCAUAAAAUUUGGCAUUGGUACCCAUGGAUAUUGUUAUCAAAUAGAAAUAUUUAACUAAUAUUAGAAAUUAAUGCAAAUGAACAAAUACAAGAGUUAAUGAAACAAAAGUUUAAUUAUUAAAAUAGGUUUGGGCUAACCUAGUUAGAUGUAAAAGUAAAAACUUGAAAAAAAUGCAAUUAUAGGGUCCCUCUCCACCUAUUGACUUUCCUCCACUUAUACCAAUUUACUAACAGUAUUUCUUUCUAUCCCCCUUCUCUAUGCGUUUAAAAAAAGGGAAUCUCAUAUUAUGUAUAUAAUUUAUAUUGCACACAAUUUAACUUUUUAUAGUUAUAGUAAAAAAGAAAUAAAGUGUUAAAAUAUCCAACAGUAGACAACCAUUUUAAAAAAAUAAACCCAAUUUUUUUGUUUAGCAAAUAUGUUUUUUUUUCUCUCAAUAUUUUCAUGUCUUUUGAUGAAAGUUAUAUUGAGUUGUCUUCACGAGGAGGGGAUUUGAUUUUGAGGGUGUUCCUUACCCAAAAUGAAUUCAUUUGAAUAGAUAAAUCUGAAAUCUUGUUACCUCCAUUAGAUAAGAAGUUAAAUCUAAUGAAGUGUCCUUCGCCCCCCUCCCCGCCUUUAUAAGUCUCCUAGAAUGUGUGGCUUCAAUCUUCCUGAAAUCAAACUAAUUUUAAAAAAUUAAUCAUAUCCCAGGCUUUAACUUAAAGUAAGGAUUAUUAUGUUUAUAAAUGGUUAAACUUAGUAUAAAUACAUUGUCAUAUUUUUUGGGGGGCAUCCGUCUGUCACACUGUGAAAUGGUGUAGACUUCAUAUAACAAAAUCACAAGGACUGGAAUAUUGCAUGGUUAUAGCAUGUGAUCAUGAUACAUGAUACAAAGUUAUUGUUGGCAUUGGAAUGUAUUACCAAAUUUUAAAUAUUUUGCUUUCAAGGAAUUAGUCAAUCUCUUUUUGACUGGUCGAGCUGUGUCAAAUGUUUUUAAUGAUAUUGAGCGACUGGAAGGAAGUGGCCUUGGAGAUACUGUGAUUCUUAAGGGUAUUUCUGCUCGUUCUGAUAUCGGACUGCUGUCAUUGUUUGAGCAUUACAAAUCUUGCCAAGUAAAUAUUUUUUAUUUUAGAAAUUACCUUUAGCUCUUACUCAUAUUUUGAACUUGAUUAUUUUUUUGGAGCUUAUUUAAAAUUAUUUUACUAUAAAUAAAGUUUCUAGGUCAUACUUCUUCAAAUAUCUGAGCAGCCGUUUAAAGAAUGGCAAUAUGUAAGUCAUUUUCCAGUUUGGCAGUCAAAUAUCAAGAUAAAAAAUAUUAGAAGGAAUUAAUUUUACUCAAUAAAUAUGUUUAUCAUCUUUUCUUUUCAGGUAGGAACUUAUUACAAAACUCCAAAAAAUCCAAUUUGGGUGGUGUGUAGUGAGAGCCAUUUUAGUGUACUUUUUGCCAUAAAAAGAGACUUGGUCAACGACUGGAAGGCAGAGAGACGAUUCGACUUAUUUUACUAUGAUGGUCUCAGUAAUCAACAAGAGGAAAUCAAGCUUACUAUUAGUAUGUAUUUUGGCCAAGAGUUUGAUGUUGGGGAGGACAAAUUAUUUAUCUGAAUUAAAUUUAAAAUGAGCAAUUAUAUUUCCAUAGUUGAAGAAAAACAUAAUUGAAAUUCAUCCAUUCCUUUCAGUCAUUCAUACUGUGUAAAAAAAAUUACCUUUAAGUAUUUGAACCAAGUAAUUUAAAUUUGUGACCCCAGCUGAGACUCCUUCUGUGAGGUCCUGGUUGCCGUGGCACCUUUUUUGGAAGUUGAAGAGAUGCGUACCGGUACUUAAACUUAAAAAAAGGCACUUUUUAAAAUUCUUUGUUUGCAAAAUAUACCUGUAUUCAUGUUUUUAAGAGUCAUCAAUGUUUGUGUGAGGACACUUUUUUUAAAUGUAUUAUAUUAUUUAUAUCGAACGAAUUUAAAUACAGACUGGUUGCAAUCGAAUUAACCAAUUACAAUUGUUUAACUGUGUUUAGUUUGUUUUAGCAAUGAUCAUAUCAUUUCUUAUCAAAUAAAUAUGUGUUUAUUUUUUUAACUUUUUUAGGCACAAUAAACCAGUCAUACAAACCUCCCACAUCUGAGGAUGAUCUUGUUCCACCACUUGAACACUGCAUUAGGACAAAGUAAGUUCACUGAUCUGGUCGUCCUUAGUUUAAAACCCUAUGUGUUCUUUUAUUCUGUUAAUAUAUUUGCAUAUUUGAGUUAAUUAAUUUUUGCAGCAUUACAAUGCCAUACAAUUGAAUGAUAAAAUGGUGCCUUCAAUUUUAGGUGGGCUGAUGCAGAGAUAGACUGGAAUGGAUAUGAGCCAAUACUUUGAGGAAACUGGUCAAUGAAACUUGGCCUAUUCACACUUAUUUUAGAUGGAUCUUCUUGACCUCUUUUACAAUCUAAAUAUUUUUUUAUUGCAUUUGAGACAUGACAGCUCUAGUUUUAAAAUUUCUUGAAAGGAGAUUUAUCUAUUUUGUGAAAACUAUUGAUUUUAAAAAUUUUUUUUUUUUUUUACUUCAGGAUUGAAUUAAACUUGAAUUUUUCCUCCUCUAAGAAAGAAAUGGAUCAAUUUUUCAAAGAUUAUGUGCAAUUUGUUAUCAAAUUAUUUUAUUGCAACUUUAUUUUUUUAAAAACAAAUAAAAUACGCCCACUAACAUGUAUGUACAGACUCUUCUGUAGGAGUCCUAUUAUUAGCAAAGCGAGUCGACUCAGCUGUCUCAAGACUUCAAUGCUAUUAUUUUGGAAUUCACAGUGCCAAAAAACUGGCUUUGGAUACAGAUACACACUCAACAUUAUUCCUAACUUCAUUAAUGAAAUUAAUGCCUUUGAAAAAAAUAUUAAUUUACAGCUGAUAUCCAUAAAUUGUAAGUAAGUCAGUUAUGGUUUCAGAAACCUAUGGGAUGGAUUAGCUUUACCAGAAGGUGACGCAAAGAAGAAACCUAGUCAAGGUGCUGCUCAGAGCUGUGAUUCC